AUGGAUAAAAUGUGGAAAAGGCGGCAGCUAUUUCACGCCACAGACUUUCAAUCUUUGAUGUAUCCCAACUUCAUCAUCUGUCGCAUCCUCGGAAUAUUUCCAUACAAGAUCAACGCUUCGACCUUCGAGACUUCUAGAUCGCGCUAUAUUCUGCAGGUCUUUCCUAUUUGCGUUGUUUGCAUUGGCGAACUAAUGAUAUUGCGUGAAAUUUUCAUUACUAAAACGGUCAACUUUGGAGACGUAACCGAAACUCUUGAUUCGAUCUUCUUCUUUACAUUCAACGGCUUUGUAACACUCAUUACGUGUUUCUUAAGCGGUCCGAAAAUGCGUGUGCUACAGGCCAUGUUGGACACCUCAACCAGAUUACCUCCAGAAUCGUAUCAGAAACUGUCCAGAUGGAUUCAUGUAAAGGAUAUCUUGGGUACCUUUUUCUUAGUCGCGCACGGACUCAUACGUUAUUAUAAAAUACGUGAAAAACUUUUCAUCAUUUUAUUCUCAGCAUACAUUGUAAUAGUGGUGUUUGAAAUGGAUAUGCAAUAUAUGAACUGCGUUUGUGUACUAAAGGCUUGUUUCAAAAGAAUCAAUGACAAUCUGGUGCACAUGCAAAAGAUCAUAGUAAACGAUACACCAUACGCUCCCAAAAUGAUCUGGCAUACGCAGAAGAAUCAAUUAUUACUGGUAGAACUCAGAAUGUUAAAAAAGCAGCAUUUAAUAAUCAGUAACACAGUGCAAAUGCUAAAUGUAAUGUUCAGUCUACAGCUUCUUGUUAGUAUAACCUUGACCUUUAUUGAAAUCACUUAUGAAUUGUAUUCUCAUUUACUGCGAUGGCAAAAUGGACUAUCAUUCAUUUUGGACGAUGAGAUUAGUGACAUGUUCUUCCUAACUUGCAUAGCGUAUGAUUUUAUAAAGUUAAUAUUGAUAGUAUGGGCUUGUGAAACCAACAAGAAUCAAGCAUUUGAGAUCAGCACCACUAUUCAUGACGUACUUAAUCGCACCAGUGAUAUGCAAAUCAAGGACGAGGUAAAAAAAAUCUAA